AUGGUUUGUAGAAGAGCUGCUCCUCUGUACAUUCCUCUUUUCCAAGCCUUCUUUGUCGCCUCGGUCGUCGUCAUCGUCAAUUCUUUCGAUCUGGAGCCCGAGAAUGUGGCGGUGGCAAUUGACGUGGCACAUGAAGCCCUCACGAGAGUCGGGAAUUGGGUAGAAGAGUCUUACGAGGUACUAAGGCAAGAAAAGGAUGAUGUGGUCAUCGGUGCUGGUCUCGCGUUGACCGACUGCGUCAAACUCUAUGAGGACAGUGAGCGACGGAUCAUGCAAGCGGCGACGGUGGGAUAUAAUGACAAUCUGACGUGGUUGAGUGCCAUGCUGACUAGCCACCAGACGUGCACCAAGGAGCUGCAGAGGUGUAAUGUGACAAUGCCAUCGCCGGUGGGAGACAGAACAAUGGUGGUUCUCCGACAAGUUCUUGCAACGCACGCGCUACACAUGCCGAAGUCAAUAAGAAGGGCGAAACAAAGCAGACACUGUUAUGGCUCAAAAUGGAUCAGUCAACUACAACACCAUCAAUGCGGUUGUCACGGCUCUAGGCAGACUUCGGUAGCAGAAGAGAAGUGGAAGACUGGCGUUGACAUGAAAUCCGACACCUACAUAGAGGAUGUCAAGGUCAACAUGCACAACAUAAUGUUCGUCGGAGAUGACAUUGACAGUACUGUCGUCACUGGCUAUCGAAGUGUGCCAGAUGGCUACACCCCCUUCAGCUCAGCCACCUUCAGCAUGACACUUGUGACAGGGGACGGGUUCUGGGUGAGGGACAUGACAUUCGAGAACAUGGCCAGGCUGGCGAAGUACUAUGCCGCAGCAAUGACUGUGGCCUCCGACCGCUCUGUGUUCUACUGA